UUUUUUUAAUGUAUUGUUGAACUUGGUUUGCAAAUGUUUUGUUGAGAUUUUUUGCAUCUAUGUUCACCAGAGAUAUUGGCCUGUAGUUUUCUUUUUUUUGUAGUGUCUCUGUCUGAUUUUGGUGUUAAGAUAAUGCUCGUCUUGUAGAAUGAAUUUGAAAGUUUUCCUUCCUCUUCUGUUUUGGAAUAGUUUGAGAAGAAUAGAUAUCAACCCUUCUUUAAAUAUUUGGUCGAGUUCACUUGUGAAGCCAUUUGGUCCUGGACUUUUGUUAAAAGUAUUGGUUAGUUAUUCAGUUUUGUUACUAGCAGUUGUUUCAUUCAAAUUUUCCAUUCCUAAUUCAGUUUUGGAAGAUUGCAUGCUUCUAGGAACUUAUCCAUUUUUUUCUAGAUUGUUUAAUUUGGUGGUAUAUAAUUUUUCAUCAUACUCUUUUAUAAUCCUUUGUAUUUCUGUGGUUAUUUUUCUUUCAUUUUUUUUUAAAGUUUUUAAAAUGUUUUUUUUAUUUUUGAGAGAGGGAGAGACAGAGUGCAAGCUGGGGAGGGGCAGAGAGAGACAGGGAGACACAGAAUCCGAAGCAGGCUCCAGACUCAGAGCUGUCCGCACAGAGCCCAACGUGGGGCUCAAACCCAUGAACUGUGAGAUCAUGACCUGAGCUGAAGUCGGAUGCUCAACCAACUGAACCACCCAGGCGCCCCUUUUAUUUCUGAUUUUAUUUAUUUGAAUCACCCCUCUCUUCCUUUUUUGAUGAGUCUGGCUAAAGACUUAUCCAUUUUGUUGAUCUUUUCAAAGGACCAGCUCCUGGUUUCAUUGAUCUUUUUCUAUGCUUUUUAGUUUCUAUUUUUAUUUCUGCUGUUCUCUUUAUUACAGUAAGACCUUGGAUCGCAAGUAACUUGUUUUGUGAGUGUUCCUCAAGACGAGCAAACAUUUCUAAAAAUCUUACUUGAUAAACGAGCGAUGUCUUGCAAUAUGAGUAGUAUGUGAUGCUCAAUGUCACAUGAUCACAAGUGAGCUGGUGGUUCUUGAAAUUCACUUUGAUAUACAAGUGCUUUGGGUUACAAGCAUGUUUCCGGAAUGAAUUAUGCUCGCAAACCAAGGUUUAAUGUGUUUCCUCCCUUCUAUUCGUUUUGGGUUUUGUUUGUUCUUCUUUUUCUAGCUCCUUUAGGUGUAAGUUUAGGUUGUUUAAGAUUUUCCUUCUGAAGGCAGGCCGAUAUGGCUAUAACUUCCCUCUUAGAACUGCUUUUGUUGCAUCCCAAAGAUUUUAGGUUGUUUUCAUUUGUCUCCACGUAUUUUUCGAUUUCCUCUUUGACGUCUUGGUCGACCUCUUCAUUGUUAGAUAGCAUGUUGUUUAGCCUCCAUGUGUUUGUGUUCUCUCCAGAUUGAUUUCUAGUUGUGGUUAGAGAGGAUGCAGGAUAUGACUUUAGUCUUUUUAAAUUUACUGAGACUGGUUUUGUGGCCUAACAUGUGAUGCCUUGGAGAAUGUUCCAAGUGCACUUGGAAAUAAUGUAUCCUGCUGUUUUUGAAUGGAAUGUUCUGUAUAUAUCUCUUAGUUCCAUCUGGCCUACUGUGUGGUUUAAAGCCAGUUUCUUUGUUGAUUUUAUGUCUGGGUGAUCUAUCCGUUGAUGUAAGUAGGGUGUUAAGUUCCCCUAUUAUUAUGGUAUGACCGCCAGUUUCUUCCUUUAUGUCUUUUAAUAUUUGCUUUAUGUAUUUAGGUGCCUUUAUGUUGGUCGCAUAAAUAUUUGCAAUUGUUAUAUCUUCUUGUUAGAUUGAUCCCUGUAUUAUAUGGUGUCCUUCUUUGUCUCUUGUUUAUAGUCUUUGUUUUAAAGUCUGUUUUGUCUGAUAUAGUAUUGCUACUCUGGCUUUUUUAUCCCCUUCCACUUCUAUUUGCAUGGUAUAUGUUUUUCCAUCCCUUCACUUUCAAUCUAUACGAGUCUUUAGGUCUGAAGUGAGUCUGUUACAGGCAGCAGAUAGAUGAGUGUUGGUUUUUUUGUUGUUUUUUUUUUAUUCAUUCAGUUACUCUGUAUCUUGAUUUGGAGCACUUAGACCAUUUAAAGUAAUUGUUAUAAUUACAUAUUUAUCGCUGUUUUAACUGUUUUCUUAUUUUUGUAGUUCUCUGUUGCUGUCUUCUCUUGCUUUCUUCCCUUGUGGUUUGAUGGGUUUCUUUAGUGUUAUGUUUGGAUUCCUUUCUCUUUAUUUUUUGUGUACCUAUUAUAGGUUUUUGAUUUGUGUUAACUGUUGGGCUUGUAUAUCACAUUUAUAACAGUCUCUGUUUAGUUGAUGGUUGCUUGAAUUUGAACACAUUCCAAAAGCAGAUAUCUUUCUAUUCUUAUUUUUGAAAGAUGUUUUUACUGGAGUGGAAAUCUGGGUUGAUAAUUCUUUUCCUAGAAUUUGGAUUUGGUUCUUUGUUAUAAUUUCAUUUUCUCUGUGGAAUGUCCCUAUGUCUUCUUUCAUUAUGGCUAUAUUUUUCUUGCAGUCCUUGGGCCAUCUUUGGGUUGGUUUCUCCUGUUUUUUUUUCCAUGACUUUGAGUCACAUUAUCAUGUUUUUAAAUGUCUAAUAAUUUGGGGUUACGUCUCGAAUAUUGCGGGUGGCACAUUGUAGGAUUCUGUGAUCUUCCUCUGAGGAGUAUUGAGUUUUGUUCUGGCAGGCAGUUGAGUUACUCAUUGAUCACCUUUGACUUGAGUUAGCUUGGUUUUAUGCCUUGUUAGGACAGGUCUCUCUGGAAAGGCCAGAGUGUAUCCUGAGGCGUUCUAACUUGAUUAGGCCAGACCAGGAGGCUGCAUUUCCUCUGUGGAUCGUGUUGAUGCUUGGCUUUAGGCUCUUUUAGGGCCAGUUUAGAGUAGAUCUUACUCUAGGGCAUUGUAUUUACUCCUAACAAUCCUAACACGCGGCCUUUCUGGUAUCUCAGGAUGCUUUGGGUAUUAACGGGUAUUAACGAGGUCUCUCCAUUCUUAGUGGUCACAAACUCAAAUAUCUCUCAUUCCUGAUUGGCAUUUAUUUUGUAUCUCUUUUGCUCUUAACCCUGUAGCAUCUGCUGUCUGUUAAACUUUGCAUAACUUCACCCUGCCCCUGUGCAGUCCAACCCUUGGCCAAGGGCUCACAGGAAAACCCCACACAGACUUCUUCAUGACCACCCCCCUCCCUGCCAUAGCUCCAUUCUUUCCACUGAUCUGUUGUUCAGAUUCCAGAUACUAAAGCGGCUCCAAGUUCUGAUCUCUCCCUCCUCAGUUUGUUGAGACCACCGAACUCCACUUGAGCUCCAGCUUCCUGCACCAUUGUUGGGAAAUUGUCGCCAUGCGGUCAGCCAGGAUGAUCAUGGGCCUCUUCCCCAUGAGGUUUUCUUCUCUCGGGGACCUCAUUCUUGUCUGCCAGUUGUCUAGUGCAGGAAAACAAUUGCCCUAAACGUUUUCUGUAGUUCUGUAGUUGUUGACAGUGGGUGGGCUGGUCUUACUACCAGGUACUCUGCUAUGGCCAGAAACAGAAGUGCUCAAACACGUCUGUACUGAGCACAUCAUCAGCAUGGCACCCUGGCUUCUGUUUGAAUAAAUGAACGAAAUAUGUGGGUUUCUUGUUGAAACAAAAAAUAAGUGCAAUGAGGUCCACAUAUGAAACCUGUAAUAUUGGGUUAAUCCUUUAUUAGAUUUUUUACAAAAUUUUUAUUUGUUUUUGAGAGAGAAAGAGAGAGACAGAGCAUGAGCAGGGGAGGGGCAGAGAGAGAGGGAGACACAGAAUCUGAAGCGGGUUCCAAGCUCCAAGCUGUCAGCACAGAGCCCGACGUGGGCUUGAACUCACGAGCCGUGAGAUCAUGACCUGAGCUGAAGUUGGAUGCCUAACUGAUUGAGCCACCCAGGUGCCCUUGGAUUAAUCCUUUAAUCCUUUUUACUUCUUUCCCUUUUUUUUUUAAUGUUUCUUUUGAGAGAGAGAGCGAGAACAUGAGUGGGGAGGGGCAAAGAGGGAGGGAGACAGAGAAUCCCAAGCAGGUUCCCCACUGUCAGUGCAGCGCCCAAUGUGGGGCUCAUACGCACAAGCCAUGAGAUCAUGACCUGAGCCGAUAUCAAGAGCGGGGCACUUAACUGAGCCACGCGGUGCCCCUCACCCUUUCCUUUUUUGCUUGAAACGUUUUAUUUUUUAUUUUACUUUAUUUUUUGUUUAUUUAUAGUUUUUAAAUGAUUUUCUGAUACAGGAUGAGUUGUUUGAAGUGCUAGGCAUGAAGACAUUCCUUCCUGUACCACAAGAAAAAGGCAGCUAUGAAAAGCUGGCGUAUUCUACCGAUCUCUAAUUAAGCCAGACAGAUGAACUGAUUGGGUGUGUCUAUUUGCUUUUAUGGUUCCAAUUAGUGUUUUGGAGGAAUGAUGGCCUACAGCGCUUUUAUAACAUUUAAGGAUUGGCCCAAUAAUCCAACAUUAGGAUCCUAUGCAAGACAGUUAACUAGAAAUAGUUAAAUAAACUGAUCCUUUAAGCAUUUCUAAAUACUACCUUUGUCAUUUAACAUUCCUUUUUCCACCAGCUUAGCCACUGUCUUCCAGAUUUUUAGGCCAGUUGCCAUAAAAUAGUGCUCACUUAGUUCAAGGCCAGAGAAGUGUCUUUGGGGGUAGUCACUGUUGGUUCUAAGCCUUCUCUAAACCCGGAGUUGAGCAUUUCAUUUGGGACAGGUUUUUCAUCGAUUCCCACACAGUCUCGUUUUCCACACUGCCCUCAGAAGAGGUCACCUGGAAAUUUCGUUGCACCUGUUGGGGAAGAAUUAAUUUGUCCUCUUUCACCCCUUAUUCCUUAUGGAAGCAUCAGGUCGUUUCAGCAUCACCCCUUCUAGGGUGUUGAUGACGUCUUUGUUCAGCUUUACCGUUUAGUCUGCACGCUCGCAGGGGCAGUUAAGGAAGUGUCGUAUGGAAGAGCCGUUCGCGUGGAAAACCAGGGUGAAAAUGCUUCACGUGAUGCGUUUCAUCCUUCUACUGGGUCUGGCCCUUUGAAGCCCAAGACAGAAUGUGGUAAGACGGUCUGGGCGAAGAUGCCAGUUUAGAUACGGUAUUAAGCGACUUGCUUGGCGGCUUCAGCACCGGCUCUCUCUCCCUCUCUAGUGUCCCUGUGAGAGCCUCGGUGAAGACUUGGUCCCCCCCACCCGAGACAGCCCCCUCCGGGAAACCCUUCACCCAAAGGGACCCGCCGAGCCAGACGAUGCCUGUCGACCUGGGGCAGGCCCUGGCCCUGCUGCCGCAGCUGGCGAAGGCCGAGGACUCCCCGUUCUGCGGACCGGACGCUGCCCCUCGAGGGGAGCUCUGUAACCCUGAGACCGCCCGCCAGCUCUUCAGGCAGUUUCGUUACCAGGUGACGUCUGGGCCCCACGAGACCCUGAGACAGCUUCGGAAGCUCUGUUUCCAGUGGCUGCAGCCAGAGGUUCACACGAAGGAGCAGAUCCUGGAGAUCCUCAUGCUGGAGCAGUUCCUGACCAUCCUGCCCGGGGAGAUCCAGACGUGGGUGCGGACCCAGUGUCCGGGCAGCGGCGAGGAGGCGGUGACCCUCGUGGAGAGCUUGAAGGGAGACCCCCAGAGACUGUGGCGGUGGAUCAGCAUCCAAGUUCUGGGACAAGAAAUCCUAUCGGAGACGACGGACUCCGCAAGCUGCCGCGUGGGGGGAGCGGGGCGCCAUCUUGAAAUGGCGUCUCAGGAGCUGGGACCUCGGGCCUCCCCGUCCAGGCCCGGGGAGCCGCCGAGCCGUGCUGUGAAAGAGGAGUCUGACAUGGAGCAAGAAUUAGCGCUGGCCGCUGCCGCCCUGGACGAAAGGCUCGUCGGAGACCAGGACUUCACAGCCUCCGUGCUCCAAACAGCACCUCAGGAGCCGUGGAGGCACCUGGAGUCCGUCCAGAAGGAGCAGUACUGGGAUCUCAUGCUGGAGACCUAUGGGAAGAUGGUCUCCGGAGGCAUUUCCAGUUCCAAGCCUGAUCCGACUGGUUCAACGGAGUAUGGGGAAGAGCCUGCCGGGCGGCACCCUCACCUUAGUGAGAAGAUCCCAAGGCCCACCUGCCUAGGAGACAGGCAAGAGAAUGACAAAGAGAACCUGAAUUUGGAAAAUUGCAGGGGCCAGGAGCCUUCCGACGUCUCCUGCCACGCCUCAGGGGAGGCGCCUUCCCAGGCCUCCUUGAGCAGCCUCUUCGGUGAGGAUGCACCGAGAUGCUUUGGAGAAGUGGACAGUCGCCCCGAGGCCCCGGGAGACCUGCAGGGUGAGGGGCCGGUGGGCCAGCUCUCUCCUCAAGAGAGGAAUUCUGGGAAACAGCAUGUGGCCAGUCCCCGUCCAGAAGAACUGUCCCUGCUGUGGCUAGAGGAGAAGAGAGACGCCUCCCCGAAGGGGCAGCCGAGGGCCCCCAUGGCCCAAAAACUCCCCACCUGCAGGGAGUGUGGGAAAAGCUUUUACAGGAAUUCUCAGCUUGUUUUUCACCAGAGAACUCACACUGGAGAGACAUACUUCCAGUGCCCCACCUGCAAAAAAGCCUUUCUGCGGAGUUCAGACUUUGUGAAGCACCAGAGAAUCCACACGGGGGAGAAGCCCUGUAAAUGUGGCCACUGUGGCAAAGGCUUCAGCGACUUCUCGGGACUGCGUCACCACGAGAAGAUCCACACGGGAGAGAAGCCCUACAAAUGUCCCAUCUGCGAGAAGAGUUUUAUUCAGAGGUCAAACUUUAACAGGCAUCAGAGAGUGCACACGGGAGAGAAACCGUACAAGUGUCCCCGCUGCGGGAAGAGUUUCAGCUGGAGCUCGAGCCUUGAUAAACAUCAAAGAUCCCACUUAGGAAAGAAGCCCUUUCAGUAGCCAAGCUCCCUGAGCCCAUUUCUAUCUCUGGGCCAUUUAAAAAUACUUCCUUCCAUCUGGAGACAUCGCGUCUCUUAAAGGCCAGCCCUGUUCUCUCUGUUAUUUUAUGGAUUCGAGAGGAGAGUCACCAGGGCACGGCUUUGGACUGGGAGGACACGUUGGCCUCUGGGUUGGAUUUCGUGUGGGUUUCAUUUCUUGCCUCUGCGUCGGGAGAAAGAGUGGUCUUUCUCCGUCAGCUCGUCUCUUGCGGUGGAUCCCUUGGGGAAAAAGGUUCACUUGGAGAUCCUGUUCUACAAGUGCCGUCUGGGGAGAGCUCAGCUGGAUUGGCUGCAUGGCAGCUCAUGGCGGCUCAUGGGAAGGGCCUGGGAUCAGCGGUUUAGGAGGGGGGUUUGGGAGCAGGCCUUCUGUCACAGGAAGGGCAGCAGAGAGGGCCAGUGAGCUCACGUGUGUUCCUUGCCACACGGGUGCAAAAUUAACCUCAAGUGUCUCUCGUUCUAAAUAAACUUCUUAGAGUUACCCCGUAUCUUUCUUUGUGUCUGAAGUGUCCCCUGUGUUCUAAGCGUAACUCAAGGUGCAUUUUCUCAUGGAAUCACCCUGAACGGUAGUUGAGCACCUGACCAUCCCGUACAGACUUACCAGGUGUAUCCGUCAGCGGAAGAGCGACAGGAAAUCGCUAACCUGGUGCCCAGGUGUGAGAGCUGGGUUAGCACUGGGCAUUCUUUGUCUCUUCUGAGAUCAUCUCCCGCUUGCUCACCUGCCUCAACCUGCCCCUCUUUCUCCUGGCUAUCAAUUUUCCAGAGUGUUCUGUGCUUUAAAAUUACCUUUAUUACCCCAUUUUGUCAGUAGAUAUUAGGAAGAAGUCAUUAGUAGUGAUGUAAUGUCUGUUCUGUCUAGGGGUGUGACACAUACAUCUAACCUGCCCACUUGUCCCCUCUUCGAAGUCACACGCCCCCCCCCCCCCCCCCCCCCAGUGUCCUGCUCUCAUAGUGUGGGAGUUUCACCUUCCUUCCUUCUUCAUCCUCCUCUUGCCUGCUCCGAGUUUACUGCUGCUGGUGAGGACCAGGAAGGAGGGCAGUGAUCUGUAGGCAUGAACCGGCAGAUAGAAACUCAAGUUGGAUUUCUUGGAUUCCUGAGGGAUUUUUAACCCCCCUUGUAGCAUGAAGGUGAGGGGGAAGGCCCCUCAUUAGGAAGUGCAGGAACCACAGGGCAGAAAGCAGGAAAAUCAUGGAGGAACCAGCGUUCGAUUUUGUAUUCGGUACAGCAGAGAUUUGUAGGGUGGUGGGAUUUUAUGUUUCAGGUUUUUUUUUUAAUGUUUAUUUUUGAGAGAGAUUAACCAGCCGUCCAGGGCAACUUGGAUGCCAGCUCAAGUUUAAGGGCCCCUGUUGUAAAUCCUAAUUCAUCAAGGAUAUGUGGGCGGGGGUGGGGGGGGGCAGUAAUGAUUCCAGAAGGAAUACUGGGCCCUCCUGGACUCUUCUUAGCAAACCUUCCUAUAAGAGCUCUUUAAAACAGUGGAGCUCUUUGGGAUUCCAGCGAAAAUGUGGCAGAGUAAAAUCUAGAAAACUUUUAGGCUAAAAAGCUGCAGGCACAGGGUUUUUUCAUGGGUCCCUCUGAAAUGAUCUGAUGGAUGAUAGAGAUACUGGGAAACAACCUAUCUCAUUCACGGUUGUGUUCUCAGCACAUGGUAAGUGUUUAAUGCAUGUGUGAGUUAAUAAGGGAUACAUGUCCUAUGUAUACUUCCUCUGUCCUUUAGAUCACUGAUUGGCAAAAUGUGGCCCAGCAUCUGUUUUUGUAAAUAUGGUUUUAUUGGAGCCCAGCCACACCCAUUUAUCUAUGUUCUGGGUUGAGUCACUGCAGCAGAGAAAAAUGCCUUGCAAAGCAUAGACCAUUUACCGAGUGGCCCUUUCUAGAAGAAAUUUGGCGAUCCCUGAUCCAGAGUAACUGGUCACAAUGCAGCCUCUGACCCUGGGGCGAUGCUGACAGCUGCUCGUCUAUGGAGUAGCUGGGAGCGGAGCACUGGGUACUGUGCCGUGUAACUACAUCAGG